CUUAGUGCUUUUUCAGCCUGUGUACACAGUCUGCUUAUUGCUGCCCAGCCAUGGAUUUUUUCGGCUCAGGAGAUGAUGGCCUCAAUGCCACAAGCAACUACACGACCAACUACACUGAUUUCGACUGCUUGAAAUCUGAGCUGGAUCCUAAUGGAAUCACCAACAGGACCUUCUGGUCGCUGAGGGACACUGUUGUAGAUGGCGGGAUACCAAGCGCUGUUAUACAGUCCCUGAUAUUAGCAGUGGCUCUUGGUUGGAACUUAUUCAUAAUUGUAGUCUUUAUAUUGAAGAGAGAGCUACUCAAGGAGCCAGCCAACAUCCUCUUAUUCACUCUAGCCAUCGUGGACGUCUUGAUAUGUCUCAUCGUGGUGCCAGGCCCCAUUGUGGUCACUGCAGCUAAUGGAGAAUUUGUACUAGGGAGGAAUGACCAGAUACGUUGUGCUAUCUGUGACACUCAAGGAUUCUUCUUUAUCUUCCUCACAGUUCUAUCAGUGCAUACCCUAGCCUUGCUCUCCAUUGAUAGGUGCAUACUUUUAUCGAAUCCAAUGAAGUACCCAAGAUAUCGUAAAGUGGGUUUAUGGGUCUUAUUCAUAGUACUGGUUUGGCUUCUUUGCCUCAUUAUCUCUAUGCCGCCUGCUUUUAAUGUCGGUUUUGGUCAGUGGGAAUUCAAUCGUAACUUUGGUUUGUGCCUUCCAAGAUGGAUACCACCUACUUAUAUGGGUUUUGUAUUCCUUGAAGGACUCAUACCAAUAACUGUAAUCAUUAUCACAAACAUAUGGACCUUUAAGAUUAUACUCUCGUUCUUAAAGAGAAAACAGGUGAGGAGAAGAGAGAGCAGACUCACUUCACUCAGUAGAAAAGAAAGCGAAGCAGAAGUUCAAAUCAAGCAACAGCAGAAGCAGCUAGUGCAAGUAUUUGGAGCUUUACUAAUAGCAACCAUCAUAGCCUGGGUACCUUUACUAACAAUGCUGUUUGUUCUCAUAGGGACUGAUGGUGAAGGAGUGCCUGAUUGGAUAUACUUAGUCUGUUGGUUUUUCUAUCUCAUUAAUCCACUCGUUCAUCCGAUUCUCGAAUCGCUCUUUGUCAAAGAGCUACGGACUCGUAUUGAUAAAACUAAGACUAACAUCCGUCGGGCAAGUCAAUCCGUUAUGAGGCUAGCAUCUCGCUCCACUAUCAAAGAUAUACCAGAAAUGAGCGAGUCCACUCCAUACACAAAAUCAAGAGUUUUCUCUUUUUCUUCCAAUCCUUAUCAUUCCGAGAGGAAGUCCGAUUCUUUGAAUGGCUCCAUUAGGAAUGGGUCUCCACCAGCCAAUGAUGAUAAUGAUAAUGUAUUCACUCCUACAUCAAAGGUCCGUUUUUCUAUCGUAUAACUUGUAAAAAAUCACUUCAUUUUAUAUUAAUUAACAUACACCUAAUUUAAUUAAUUGACAGACAUGUAAACCCGAAUUGUACGUAAUCAUCAUUAUUAUUGUUAGUAAUUUUGUUAAAAUAAUAAUUAAGUUGA